AUGCUUUUGAAUAUUUGUUGAACUUAAAAACAAACAGAAGUUUUUGAAAUGACCGAACAAAUUUCGUGAAAUUUACAUACAUAUGUAUUCUUUAGUCGAUGUUACAAAUUUCAUUUAAGACACUUCUAGGAACAUACAUGCAUAUCAAAUUGCAUUUAAAAUUAAAGAAUGGAGGAAAUACUAGGGCAAGAAAUGAGUCCACCCCUUUCUUUGGGAAAGUUUUUAAAUGAUUGGAAAAUUUCUUUUCAAGCUAUAACAUUGCCAAAAACUCAUGAGGAUAUAAAAAAAGCUAUGAUGUCGACAGAAAAUCAAAAACGUUUUGACGAUGUUGUUACACAAUGCUCAUUAGAAAACCUUCAACAAGAAAAUGAUCCGAAUAUUAUUAAGUUUGAACCGAGUUUUACAACUAUAGCACGCAUCCCAAUUAAAGUGGAUGAAACAGAUUUAAAAACAGUCAAAGAACUGAUAAGAGAAAAAAACCACACCCAAAAUAAGAAUCCAUUUAAACGUUCACGAGAAAUAUAUGCUAUGGUUGGACUUCCACAAGAGCAACAAUUUGAAAAAUAUGAAUCAUGUGACUUUUACAAUGAUAUUAUUGUAAAAGUGCGUAUUUAUAGACCCGCUCGUGUUGUACACUCUGGACAGAGUUUGGAAAAACCAGUAUUUGCCGAAGAAUUUGAAUGCCUGGGCUCGAAUUACCUUAGUGAGCUACGUGACAAAAUUACCUGUGUUUGUAAAAAGAAACGCUUUUUUGAUGUUAGCGAUAAUCCAACAGCCGAUCUGCCAGAAAAAACAACUGACCCCGGAUAUUUUUUUAUAAACAAUACAUUCUACAAUGACCGCAGAAAUCCCGAUAAUGCUGAUUAUUCUGAAGUUAUCAGGAAUUGGGCGAAAAAAGCUGUAGGACUAAAGGAUUUACUCUUUGAGGUAGCCCAAAUGGAGACAACUCGGUUCCUAGAUUUAACUGUUAGCAUAGGGUUUCCACAACUAUAUCAGCACCAUGGAAAUUGUGAACAUGUAUUCGUCAUAUCUCAAGUAGAAGUAUUGACACAUGGAGUCGCAAGCGUCCAGAGGAGUAUAUAUCCUCGCCUUUCUUCAUUCGGUUAUUUUAAUAAUCGUGUUUGCAAUAUGUGUGGUACACGACGGUAUAGAUUCAUUGUAACAAACAGUGAUCGACAAUUACACGACCCAGCCUAUAUCUGUAAUAAAUGCUUCCUAAAUUACCAUUAUGUCGACGGAAAGAAAAUAGGAAAUUUUGAAGCAUACAGAGUUAAUGAGGACAAUGAAGAGGAAGAACAAAUCAGAUACAGCGAUAAGCCGGCAGUUGAGUUGGGCUACCGCUCUGAUGACGUUGGUAUACAAAGAACAAGAAGUGAACUGAAUUAAUUAAAUACAUAUUAACUCUUUUAAAACUUUCUAUUUUACGAUAAAUAAAGUCUGCAAGAAUAAAGCUUUU